AACCCCAACAAAAAGUACAAGUUUUAGUGGCCCUAAAUAACCCCAAAAAGAAGUAUAAGUUUUAGUGGCUAUAAAUAUCCCCAACAAGGACUUAGGUUUAACAUCUUUAUUAUGCAAGAAAAGUGCAAGUUUUGGUGGUCUUAAAAAAUGCCACCCAUACCAGUCACUUAACACCCAGGUACCUACUUACUGCUAGGUGAACAGUGACAGAAGGUGUAAGGUGACUAACAUCCAGGCACCUACUUACUGCUAGGUGAACAGGGACAACAGAUAUGAGGAAACAGGCCCAGCAUUUCACACACACUGAAAGAAGUGAGUAUCUUGUGAAAGAAGAGAUUUCAAUGGAAGACAUAGAAAACUAUACAUAUGUUAUUGUGGGAGGAGGUAUAGCAGGCGUUACAUGCGCUGAACAUUUAUAUAUUUUGCACCCUGAAGCCAAGACUGUCGUUAUUACUGCCACAUCACUUAUAAAGGCAGUUACAAACGUCUUGCCUCUAACCAAAACCUUGGAUGCCUUUGAUGUUGAAGAACGACCAGCAGAGGAACUUGAGAAUAACUGCCCAAAUGUAACAGUCGUAAGAGACACUGUUGUUCGCCUUCAUGCUGAGAAACAGCAUGUAUACACAUCUGCAGGAAGAGUUUUCUCCUAUGAAAAGCUAUGCAUCUGCUCUGGAGCCAGUCCCAAGCUGGUAGAGAAUAGUCCACAUGUUGUCUGUAUAAGAGAUACAGAGUCAGCACAGCAGUUCCAGUCUCGUAUUAAAGAUGCAAAAAGAAUUCUCAUUGUUGGAAAUGGAGGCAUUGCCACAGAAAUGGUUUAUGAAGUCACAGGAAUACAGAUUAUAUGGGCCAUCAAGGAUAAGUACACAACAGCAAAUUUCGUUGAUGCUGGGGCUGCAGAAUUUCUUAGGCCAGAAUUGGAUAAGGAGAAAACAGAGAGUAUUACACCAGUCAAGAGAAGGAAGUACAUUGUAGAUAAGAUUGAGGGUGGCAGAACAGUACCGGGAGGAGCCCUUGGACCAGACUGGCAUACUGGACUAGAAUUGAAGGGUUGUCACCAACGCAAAGUUUUCAUAGAGACGGAGGUGGAGCUCAAGACUAUACUAGAACCUGCAGCUGUUAAACAAUAUGGAAAAACAGUAACAAAAUUAAAUUCUGAGGAGGGUAAGUACUCUAACUUCGGGUGUGUUAUGGUAGAUGGUCGCAUGCAAGGAGCAGUGUUAAUUGGCGAGACCGACAUGGAAGAAACCUUUGAAAAUCUUAUUCUCAACCAGAUGGAUCUCUCAGAGUAUGGCGAAGACUUACUUAACCCAGAUGUUGACAUUGAGGAUUACUUUGACUAAUACCAAAUCCAAUAAUAUUUUAAAUCCAUUUAACAUUAGAGAUUAAUAGUCACUUAUAUUUUUCAAAUGAUUUAAUUAAUUUUAUGAUGAGGUUCCAUGCUGUAUAGCUUUUAUUAAUGGGGAGUUGCUACAUCCAUAGAGGUUGCACAGCAUCUGGGGCAAAUAGGAGGCAAAUGGUUCAGCCAAUGUCCGUCACUCAACAUCAUACCCCAACUCCAUCUCUCAAAAAUCUAUUGAUUUAUCAAAAAGCACUAAAC